CCAUGGCUGAUUCGAUUAGUAUGCCAUUACCUGGAGGCGCUUCUGCCUCAGGCACCGACCCAAAACGACACGCAGCUUGCGACGAGUGCAGUAGGUUUACUGGACGGCGAAUCUACUAGGAAACGAAAGCUCAAAUGCUCAGGAGAUCUGACUGGGUGUACGCGCUGCGUGGAAAAAUCAAUACCAUGCAAUUACUCCGUUCAAAAACCCAUGGGUCGACCCCCUAAGAAGAGAACACGAUCAGAUGAUGAGGGGUCCGAAUUCCCUACUCAAUCAAACCAUAAUGUCUGGCCAAGUCCAGAAGACUCGCCUCCGAAUGGAUAUUCUAUAUCAUCAGAGACAUACAAUGCAACCGACGCUCAGCACCUCUGUCCACAACUCUUCUGGCAAACUGGCAGUCAUUCACCAGCAUCGCAGCCGUCGAUGCCUGAUCUACUCGCGGAGGACGAAGACCACAACCAUAGCUGGCGCCCAGAUCGACUGAAGAAUCCUAAUCUACCAGUACCGCCAUCUUCUAGUCCCUGGCCGGACUUCUCGACCGUUUCUGAAGCAACAGCUAUGCCAUUCCCUACUCCGACGAAUUUCCUAGACGCGACCUCCCUCCCUCUCACCCCGCCAAUGUACACCCCCUCCGACUCUACGCCUCAAUGUACAUGCCUGUCCUACCUCUACCUCUGUCUCAGCCAUAUCUCCUCCAUCGCCUCCUUCCCCGUCAACUCUCAUACACUUUGCUCCCUCUACAUCGCCGCUCGAACCGCCCAAGAUGUGAUCCGCUGCGAAUCGUGUCCCAAGGUCUUCGCGACUGGUGUACAAAACGUCAUGUUUACCGGCACGCUAUUGACAGUUGUUGCCGAUUCCUGGCUGCGCGUUUAUAACAGUGACCCUGUCGAAUUGGGAAUACAAUCUGCUCCGCCCGAGUACGUCUCAAUCGCGCUGCAGAGCGAGGAUCCAGCGCAGGCGUGGAAUAGCUGGCUUCGGCAGAUUGUUCGUCGGGCCGUUGUCGGCGGCUCUCUUUCUCCCGAGGCUGGGACUCGAUGCUCUGGUCAGCCGGAUCUAUUAUCUCUUAUUAGGGAAGUGGAGAAUCGUCAGCGACGUUGGCAUGCGCCCGGUCAGCACCCGUUCGAGGGCUAUAAUCCUCUGAAGCCUGGUCCCCUUGGUCCGUCUCCGGAUGAAAAACCAAAUGGAGAGUGCGAUGAGAAGGAACUUCUUUGUUUGCGUGUUGUUGGGAGUGCGAGGUCUGUUCUUGCGAGAUUCCAGUUUGAGCCUGAGGAUUUCCCUGGUGGGGUUAUCCCUGAUGACCUGCAGAACAAGUCGAACUGA